UGCGCUCCCGCAUGGCGGUUCCCUGCCGGCUGCUCCAGGCCCUCCUGCGCGGCGGCGGCGGCGGCGGCGGGCGCGGCGCGGCGGGGCUCGCGCGGUGGGCGCCUUCGGGGCUGGGCGGCCCGUGGUACCACAGCGCGGCCGGGACAGAGCAGCCGGAGGAGGGCGAGCAGGGCGGCGGCGGCGGCGGCCAGGGAGCCGCGAUGGGCCGGCAGGGCGAGCUCCCUCCUGGCGGACAAGCGGACGGCGAGGGCGGCGCCUGCCUUCGGCUCUCGCUUCCGAGGCUGUCGCGGAAUACAAGAGAUUUGCUGAAGGAAUUUCCCCAGCCUAAGAACCUCCUCAACAGCGUGAUUGGACGAGCCCUGGGCAUCUCCCACGCCAGAGAUAAGCUCAUCUAUAUCCACACAAAUGGGCCACGGAAAAAGAAAGUCACGCUACUCAUCAAGUGGCCAAAGAAUGUGGAAGUGGAAGGCUACGGGACCAAGAAGAUCGAUGCUGAGCGACAGGCUGCAGCUGCUGCUUGCCACCUCUUCAAGGGUUGGGGCCUGCUGGGACCCCGGAACGAGCUUUUUGACGCCGCAAAGUACCGCGUCCUUGCCGAACAGCUGGGCUGCCCUGACAAGAGGUGGCUUUCCGAGAGCCACUGGCGCUCCAAGUCCGGCCCUUCCCUGGCCGACAUCUCAACCUGCUGGAGGCGGAUGGAGCCUGAGGACCCCGUCCACCCCCUGGAGCACAGCCAGCUCCCCAAACCCAUCCGAACUGAAGAGCUGGAGGAGGGGGAGCUCGAAGAGGGGGAGCUCGAAGAGGGGGAGCUCGAAGAGGACGCCAUUGAUGUCAGCGACUGUCUCUCCAUGGCGCAGCCGGGAGCUCACACCCCUCCCAGAGACAUUAGGGAUGGGUUCUCGCUGGAAAUGGCAGAUGACAACACUGCCCUCCGGGCACUGACUCAGUUUCCUCUGCCCAAAAACCUCCUAGCCCAGGUCAUCCAAAUUGCCACUUCUUCAUCCACCGUCAAGGAGUACAUGCAGUUCCGAACAGUUGGCACCAAGACGAAGAUCUGCAAGCUGACGCUCCGCUGGCCGUGCCCUAUGACCUUCGCUGCCAAAGGACGCCGCAAGGUGGAAGCGGAGAACAAGGCCGCCGCCCUGGCCUGCCAGAAGCUGAAGAGCCUCGGCUUGGUGGACAAGAACAACAAUCCCCUGAGCCACGCCAUGUACAACAUGACGUCCCUACGGGAGCUGGGGGAGAACCAGAGGAAGCCCUGCCACAUCAAAGUCCCCGAGGCCACGCUGCGCAAGAUCGAAAACUACCUGAACCACUACCCUGUGGACAGCCGGGAGUCCAGGCCACGGCUGGCAGACGACAUGAUGAACCUGAGCAAGGAGAGCGGGGGGGCCAUCAGUGACGCCAUCACGGGCAAGACCUACAUCCCCCUGUCCGAAUCGGAAGAGGUGCGCCUCAGUCAGAACCUGCUGGCGCUCUGGAAGCGGAGGGGCACCUUGUGGCAGGACAGCCACCCCCUGCCCGUGGAUUCCCACAAGGAAGCUCUCCUCUCCGCCGUGGAGCAGAACCCGGUGGUGGUGAUCGCUGGGGAUACCGGCUGCGGGAAGACCACCCGCAUCCCCCAGUUGCUGCUGGAACACUUCAUCCUGGAAGGGCGCGGCGCCCAGUGCAACGUGGUUGUCACGCAGCCCCGGCGGAUCAGUGCCAUCUCAGUGGCCCAGCGGGUGGCGCAGGAGCUGGGCCCCAGCAUGAGAAGGAACGUGGGCUACCAGGUGCGGCUGGAGAGCAAGCCGCCUGCCCGGGGGGGGGCCCUGCUCUUCUGCACGGUGGGCAUCCUGCUGCGGAAGCUGCAGGGCAACCCCCGCCUGGAGGGGGUCAGUCACGUCAUUGUGGACGAGGUGCACGAGCGGGACGUCAACACCGACUUCCUGCUCAUCCUGCUCAAGGGCAUCCAGAAGCAGAACCGGCACCUCCGGUUGGUGCUCAUGAGCGCCACCGGAGACAACCAGCGCUUCUCCCAGUACUUUGGAGAUUGCCCGGUGGUCAAGGUGCCCGGCUUCAUGUACCCGGUCAAGGAGUACUACCUGGAGGAGAUCAUGGCCAUGCUGGGCCGGCAUCGUCACUACGAGAUCAAGCAAUCGGACGAAGAGUGCAUCCUCGACCUUGAGCUGAUCACUGACCUUGUCCUUCAGAUCGAUGCCCACGGAGAGCCAGGCGGCAUCCUCUGCUUCCUUCCCGGCUGGCAAGAGAUCAAAGGAAUGCAGCAGCGCCUCGUGGAAAUCCUUGGAUCGCACAACAGCCGCUAUCUGAUCUUGCCAGUUCAUUCCAAUAUCCCAAUGAUGGACCAGCAGAGCAUCUUCCCGCGUCCUCCUCCUGGCGUGCGAAAGAUCGUCCUGGCCACCAACAUUGCCGAAACCUCCAUCACCAUCAACGACAUUGUGCACGUGGUGGACAGCGGGACCCACAAGGAGGAGCGCUACGACCUGAAGACCAAGGUCUCGUGCCUGGAGACCGUCUGGGUGUCCAAGUCGAACGUUGUCCAGAGGCGAGGGCGGGCCGGCCGCUGCCAGUCAGGGUUCGCCUACCACCUCUUUCCUCGCAGCCGCCUGGACAGGAUGCCCACCUUCCAAGUGCCCGAAAUCCUGCGCACACCCCUGGAGAACCUGGUGGUCCAAACCAAGAUCCACCAGCCGGAGAAGACGGCUGUCGAGUUCCUCUCCAAAGCCCUGGACAGCCCUGACAUCAAAGCCGUGGAUGAGGCUGUGAUCCUGCUGCAGGAGAUUGGAGUGCUGGACCACCGGGAGGCCUUGACCACGCUGGGCAAGCGCCUGGCCCAGAUCUCCACGGACCCCCGGCUGGCCAAGGCGAUCGUGCUGGCUUCCAUCUACCGCUGCAUCCAGCCUCUCCUGCUCAUCGUCUCCUGCCUCACGCGGGACCCCUUCAGCAGCAGCCUGCAGAACCGGACAGAGGUGGACAAGGCCAAGGCCGUCCUGAGCCGAGAGAGUGGCAGUGACCACCUGGCCUUUGUGAGGGCUGUCGCGGGCUGGGAAGACGUCCUGCGGCGCAGGGACAGCCGUGCCCGGGAUGACUAUCUGCAGGAUUACUCCCUCUACGCCCCAAGUUUGCGCUUCAUCAACGGCCUCGUGAAGCAGUUCUCCGAGAACCUCUACGAGGCCUACCUGGUGCCGACUCCUUCGGAUUGCCUCCUGCCCUCGUCGGUGUGCAACCAGUACAGUGAGGAGGAGGAGCUGGUGAAGGGAGUCCUUAUGGCUGGGCUGUACCCCAAUCUCAUCCAGGUCCGGCAAGGGAAAGUGACCAGGCAGGGCAAGUUCAAACCCAACAGCUACACGUACCGGACCAAGGCAGGGACCGUCCUCCUGCACAAGUCAACGAUCAACAGGGAGUCCUCCAAGCUGUACAGCCGCUGGCUGACCUACUUCAUGGCGGUCAAGUCCAACGGGGGCGUUUUUGUGCGCGACUCCUCGCAGGUGCACCCGCUGGCCGUGCUGCUGAUGACAGACACGGAUGUCCACAUGCGGGACGACGGCUGGCGCGCAACCAUCUCCCUGGUGGACAGUGACCUGCUGGUGCUGGAAGGGGACUCCUACACCAUCCGGCUCCUCCGCGACUUCCGGGCGGCGCUGUCCAGGAUGGUGGAGACCUGCCUCUGCUAUGAGAUGGCGGCCAUUCCCGGGGAUCUCCAUCACCAGCACAGCCAGCUCUUGGACAUCCUGGUCGACCUCCUGAAAGGGCCCACAGGCAGCUUUGGAGCCUAGAUCUGGCCACCGCCGAGGACCUGGACAUGGGGACUUGUAAUUUGUACAAAGAUGUUGAGAUAUGUUUAUUUAAAUAAAGUUCUAUUUAUCCCUUGUGACAUCAUCUCUCUCAUCCCAGAAGAUUCCCGGGGCCUGAUCUCCCGUGGUUGGCGUCGCCCUGCGGCAGUCGGGGAGAAAGCACCCGUUCCUCCCUGCAAGCAGUAGCGAAGGACGCCGGUCGCACGCCUGGAGAUUUCCACGGACGGCGUGGUGGAUGGUCCUUGUUCACUCCCUGCGCGUGGGUGCCCUGUCCCCAUUGGGCUCGUGCGCAAGGAUGGAUUCUGCUCUGCCCGGUCGAGAAUGGGCUGCCACGCUUCCCGGCUCUGAAGACAGCAACGCAAGACGGGCCGAACCUCGGGAUGCGAGGGUGGUGGAUCGAGGCUCCCUUGUUUGCCAAGGGGUAGGCUCAGAGCAGCGGCACGCAGCCCGUGCAAGACGUACGUUGUGCGCACUGAGACAGCACUCGCCCGGUUCAGGGGGAACGGACCGGAGGGGGCUUCGUGCUUUGCUCUUUGGGAUUGCUGCUGUGCCAGGCCAGGCUGGAAGGCGCGAGCUCUUGCCAGGAUUAUGCAGGCAGCGCAAACUCAGAGGCAUCUCUGCCUGUGGAAUCUCAGCUAGGUUUCUGGAACUGGUUGCAUUCCCCCCGAGUCAGGCCAGGCCUGGGAGAAGUUCCUGCGCUCCAGUUCAGUGGCCGAGAAGCCCCCCGGCCCCAAAAGCGGGCAAGAGGCUGCCUGGCAUUCUUGUGGCUCGAGCGUUUGUGCCAGGCUGCCUCUCGCAUGCAAGUCCUCAGCCCUUGGCUUGCUCUCCCUGAGGCCGUCGGUUGCCAGGCCCCAGGGCGAGGCACCCAGCCUCCUUGGGGCGGUGCCCGGGCUUUGUGGCAGAUGCCUAACGUCCAAGCGGAAACACAACUGCGGAUGGAAGGCAGGACCAGUGAACUGAUUUACUAGCUCGGCCUUCUGGGGAAGAUCCCCUGGACGCGGGAGGUGGUUUCACCGGCACCACUGGGGCUUGGGAAUCCCCAGUCCCGUGUCCCGAGGCAGCCCAUCCACCUUCCAAAGCGAAGCUCGCUGCCCAGUUAGUUGCCCUUCGUGCCGCCACCAUGGCUUGGUUGCCCAGCCUUGAUGAUUUCCCUGCAAGAACACAGACGCAUCUUUGCCCAAGCCGGGGAGAAGGAGGUGGCUCGCCACACGCCCCUUCCUCUGGUGCAGCUGGCACCUUGUGCCCCCCCGGCUGAAGACUGGUGUGUGUGCUGGCGCCCUCGGACUCCACCCGUGCCCUUUUGGCCAGGGCGAGGGGCAGCCGCUGGUUGCACCGGGACCCGCUGGAGGGCCCAAGUGCUGCUGGGAACAUGCCCAGAUCAACCCGUGACUCUGAUGCUCGGAUAGGCCAGUGCUUGUUACUUGUCCUGGAACCUUUUUACAACCUAGAUUAAAGCUAAUAAAUGGGGUUAAAG